AAGGUUUUCUUUUGUGCAAUAAAGGUUAAAUAAAUAAACAAAUUACUUAUCGAGGCAAAUCUAUAAAAUUAGUGCAUUUGGUCUAUUAUAUAUUUAAAACAAACAUCGCAUAAUUUGCAUGCAGGUUAAAAAUUAAAUGUCAAUGUAUUUUUCCCAGGUCCUUGCUCUAGUAAUCUUAGCGGUGGCAUCCGUAUCCAGUUCAGGGUCUGGACCUUACCUUCCAAGUGGCUGGAGACCCCAGGGUCCUGCCUUUUACUUGCCUUCAGAGGUUCAGAAACCAGCAGAUAACCCUCUACAAGACGUGAUCCUUAACGAUUCCGACGCUUCAGGCUCAGAUGCCCUCCGAGAAUACGGUCCUCCUAAAGUAGUCGAAGUCUCCCAAGACCUGACCCGCCAGGCCCUCCCAGAGACCGUGACCGAGCAGGCCUUUAUUGUUAUUGAGGCUAAGUUUGCUGAAGAGGUCAAUGGAGAUGAAAAAGAAGUCGGCGAGGUUAGAGCCGUUGAAGAAGUUACGGAAGUUAUUGAAGCUGUUGUAGAUGCCAUUGAAGUAACUACAGAGCAAAAAGCCGUUGAAAAAGCAGUAACUGAAAUUAAUGAAGAAAAAACCACGGAAGCUGUACAAGAUGUACCUCAAGGUCGAUCUAUUGAUGUCCAACCUAUUGAAGAAAAAGUAGAAAUCCAAGAAGCGACGACUGAAAAAGUAGAAACAACCACUGCUGAGGUUGCCGAAGUAAAAACAGUUGAAGUGGAUAGUAAUGUUGAAUCUUCACAAGUUGAGCAAGUUAGCCAAGUUCAGGAAGUUCAGGAGGUCAGUCAAGCUGAGGUCAGAACAGUUGAAGGAGUGCAAAAUGUUGUUGAGGCGCUUACUAAUUUGGAGAAGGAAAUUAAAGCACAACAGGUUCAAACCAACGAGGAAACAGUAGAUUUGAAAUCUGUGCAAGCUUUAGGCUCCGUGGAACAAGUUCCUGAAGGUUUCCUGGAAUAUGGACCCCCUGGCUUCAGGGAGUACGGACCCCCUCAAGCUGGUGAUCUCGUCAGGAAUGGAGCUCUUGUACAGGAACAGACAGAAGAGGAACAGAAAAUUGAGAGCAACGAGACGAGGAGGCGAAGAUUCUCUCCUAAAUUAAGGUACCUGUACUUAGACACUUUUACAUACUUAGGUACACCGUUACACCUGAAGUACAGUGAGAAUGGCCAGAGUGUUUAAAAAUAUCUAAAAAUGCCUUGCAUGCGCGCCUUAACGUCUUAAUAAAUAAAUAAUAAAUAAAUAAAUAUUAUAGGACAUUAUUACACAAAUUGACAAGUCCCACAGUAAGCUCAAUAAGGCUUGUGUUGAGGGUACUUAGUCAACGAUAUAUAUAAUAUAUAAAUAUUCAUAAAUACUUAAAUACAUAGAAAACACCCAUGACUCAGGAACAAACAUCCAUGCUCAUCACACGAAUAUAUGGCCUUACCAGGAUUUGAACCCGGGACCAUCAGCUUCGUAGGCAGGGUCACUACCCACUAGGCCAAACCGGUCGUCAAACGUCUUAAUACUAUUAUCAAAGCUGUUAAAGUGCAUGUUUAGAUAUUUUCGAACACAUUGGCCGCU